AUGUCUGUAAUCGCCAAAGAAGUCUCUGUCGAUGAGUUCCAAGAGAACAUCAUCCCCAAAUACACCGACGUUAUCAAUGAAAAACUCGGUGGAAAAAUCCUAAAGUUUUCUGAUGAGUGGUUUGCAAGUGCUGACAAUUUGAUCAAGCCCUACUCUCCUGUUCGUAAGGUUAACAAAUUCACACACGCUGGUGCCUGGUUUGAUGGCUGGGAAACUCGAAGACACAAUCCAGAACCUUACGACUACGUUAUCGUCAAAAUUGCUGUUUCUUCUGCCAAUAUUAUCGCCGCAGAGAUCGAUACAGCUUUUUUCGAUGGAAACCAGGCCCCAGCUAUCUCAAUUGACGCAGCAAAUCUCUCUGCUGAAAACAAGCAACGGAUCAAUUGGAACGAUGAAAAUCUCGACAUUGAUAAACAAAUCCAAUGGGAAGAAAUAUUACCUGUAUUGAAAUGUGGUCCCUCAAGAAGACAGUUCUUUAUCAGAGACUCGUUGACAAAAAACAACUACACCCAUGUUAGAUUAAAAAUGUACCCCGAUGGUGGCAUAGCUAGAUUCAGACUAUACGGUUUACCCAUUCCCAUCUUCCCCACAGAUUUAAAUGAAAUAUUCGAUUCUGCUUCAAUCUUGCUAGGUGCAAUUCCCAUCUCAUAUUCUGAUAAACAUUUCGGUGAACCCAAUAAUUUGCUUCUACCUGGCAGAGGUGUUGAUAUGGGCGAUGGCUGGGAAACAAAGAGAUCCAGAUCUCCAAACCAUAAUGAUUGGGUUAUUAUUAAAUUAUCCAAUUACACCAAAAUCGACUCGAUCAUCAUAGAUACUGCUCAUUUUAGAGGCAACUACCCUCAGUCAAUUCAAGUCAAGGCAAUCAAUUAUCCCUCAGACAAAAUCGAAAAAGAUCUUCACAUAGAUGACCCCAAUUGGAAAACCGUUGUUCCAAUAUCCAAAACAGGCCCCGAUAAAGAGCACUACUAUUCAAAAAAGGACAAUCUUCUCCAAAACGUUUACAACAACGAAACAUACAACUACGUUUCUCUAACCAUUUAUCCCGAUGGUGGUGUUAAAAGGCUUCGUGUUUUGGGUGCUCGUUCCAUCGAAUAG